GCUAACAGUCCCUGGUGGUAUCUGCAUUUCGACAAACCAGACGGGAAUGCGCUUGAGUAUUAUACCGAAUUUUCCACGCGCCACAAUCAUAUCAGCGCCAUCAAGGCAAAGCUGUCCUUGUAUAACAACGAGAUUAUGUGGACCGAACGCUUUCCUUGUGCACUGUCGGCUAGUCAGAUUUAUGCCGUCCGAUUGGCUAGGCAAACUUUCAAUUGGAUCAGAAACUCUCAACAUCCAAACAUCGGGAGUUUUUAUGGAGCUACUCGAGACGGGAUAAACACGUGCUUAUUGUACGAGUAUGGUUCCAGAGGAAAUUUACGGUUACUACUUAGCGAUGAAAACAUUCCGCUGGAUAUCGACCUGCAAAUGGCUCUAAUUCGAGAGAUAUCAGCGGGUGUAAAAUACAUUCACUCCAGUCCGUUGACAUUUCACGGCGCUCUUUCCAGUCUGACGAUUAUGGUCGAUGAUCGUUUCGGGAUCAAACUGUCGGAUUACGGGAUGACCAAUAUCGUCUCCAGUUUGACAGGUUUCCAUUUGGCCGACAAAAACGACUGUCUGCAGCUGUGGAUGGCGCCGGAAGUAGUAACAGACGAGGAAUACUCGGGCAGCAGGAGCAGUGAUAUAUACAGUCUGGGCGUGAUCAUUGCCGAAGUCUUUACCAGAAAACUUCCGCUGGACGCCGUCCUUUCUGAUCAAUCCCGUAUUCAAGAUUGUAUAUAUUUGCUGAAAAAAUCACCGAGCAUCCAGCGCAUCGAUUACACAAAAGAAGAUAUUCCUCCGCAAGUUGCCAAUUUAUUACGUCAGUGUUUGCUGGACAAUUCGGAUCACCGACCACAAAUUAAAAAUGUUCAUAAAGUGGUUGCCGGUUCAUCCUCGGCCGGUGUUGUGGACUGUGUUAUUUCUCGAUUAGCGUGCUAUGCAGUCGAGCUGGAAAGGCGGAUCACUGAGCGGACCAUGGAGCUAAUUAAAGAGGAAGAAAAGGUCAACGAGUUACUCCGAGAUAUCUUGCCUGAGAGCAUCGUGCGAAAACUACGCAAUAAAUUACCGAUGAUACCUGAACACUUCCAAGAUACUAGCGUUCUGUUUACUCAUUUCCCGGAGUUUGCGCUGGUAUGCUCGCGCUGUCAACCGUUAUUCAUUAUUCGUCUGCUUCAUCAAAUCUACUUGUUGUUGGAUGGCAUUAUCGAGGAACAGCCAGGAGUGUACAAAGUGGAAACGAUCGGAGAUUCGUACAUGGUGGUCAGCGGCGUUCCAGUGUCCAAUGGCAACCUGCGUCAUGCCGGUGAAAUUGGACGUUUGGCCUUGAAGAUGCUAGCAGCCAUUCAACCGAUAGUAUCGGUUGUUCUCACAGGUGUCGACUUCCAUAUGCGUCUGGGCAUGCACUCAGGAGCAUGUGCUGCCGGCGUCGUCGGUAAUCGGAUGCCUCGUUAUUGUUUGUUUGGUGACACUAUCAAUACCGCAAGUCGUAUGGAAAGCCAUGGCGAAGGAGGGAAAAUACACAUCAGUCAAAGUAGUCAAAGGCUUUUGGAUACCAUUGGUGGCUACCGAAUGGAGUCGAGAGGUUUCAUUGACAUAAAGGGAAAGGGCAAGGCAGAAACGUAUUGGUUAUUGUCCAGAAUAUGACGUGCCACCUUCGAGCAUGUGCUUCUGUUACCGUAUGAUCGACUUUGCUUUCCGUGGAGCGUGUUUGAAGUUUUAAAUAGCUGAUGUGUUUGAGAAGCAAUAUUCUACAGUAUGAG